CUUGAUGUGACUGCAGUUAAGACAAAUUCUGAGUUUCAUUUGUGUUGCAGUUUUGAGUCCUUAAGAUUAGCAUUGCUGUGUGAAACAAUCAAAUUUGUCCUCAACUUUUUUUCAUCCUCCUGUCUCAAUGCAGAAAAACUUCACUGGCCUAAGACAGAGCUUUCUAAGAAAUCAGUCCUGAGUCCAGAAGAACAUAAGCUGAACAUUAAUAAUGAAAACAGUCUCCAGCACCCACCUUCUGGGAUCCUUAAGGACAUUUUCACAACAGGAACCAGUAGCUACAAUGUCCUUCUGCAGAGCAAAGAGGAGAAAAAACACCAUGCUCAGAAGCAGUCAUCUGCUCACCAUAAGAAACACAGAAAAACUACAAAGUGUUCUACCAUCUUGAGAAGCAAUGAACACCGCAAAAUCAAAGUCCCGCUCCCCUUGCUCAGCAGUGGAUGGUACUGCACAAACAGACAACCCUCCCUCAUCGUCACUGGCCCAGUGUCUACCAGCAUGAAGUUUACAAACAGUAUUUCGGUUGCCGGCAGUAGCAUAGCACUGCCAUCCCGACCCAGAAGUAGAACUAAGAGGCAUUUUAAUCUAACAAAGCCAAAGCAAUCCCAGUCCUCAAAAAGCCAUGGCAAAGAAGGUGAUGUCUCUGGGCAAAAACUCUGUUUACUGACUGCAAUCAAGCCUUCCAAUGUGGAAAAAGAGAAGAUGAAAUUCUUCAAGUCAGAUUUCACAUACAAUCCUCAAUUCGAAUAUGCAAACCCUGCUCUGCCAAACGUGUUAGCUAAGCACAGCCAUGCAUCUGACAGAUUUCUUAAGCAGUCCAUUAACAUUAUGGAGCGGACAUUGCAGAAAUAUGGAAGCUAUGAAAAAUUUGAACAGGCCACUGGAGGCAGCUUGCUGACCAAAAGUAGGAUCUGGAAUCAUGUCAGGAAAUACAUGGUGAAAGAAGGGUGUCUUGGUGAGAUUGUGGUCCAUCUCACGGAGGACCUGCUAUCUCGAGCCUCAAUGACAGUGGUGAAUGGCCGCCCCACUCUCACUAUCAAUAUCUCCACUGCGCGAGAGCACUGGCUGGAAGGGAUGCUGAGACAUGAAAUUGGAACUCAUUAUUUUCGGGGUUUUAACAACAACAGCCAGCCUUGGUGCAACUGGAACGGACGUAGAAAACACGGGUUAAAACCAAUCAACCCUACAGAAGAGGGACUAGCGAGCAUUCACAGUGUCCUGUUCCGCAAAGACCCUUUUCUCUGGAGAGCUGCCCUACUCUACUACACAGUGUAUCAGGCCAGCCAAAUGUCUUUCAGUCAGCUUUUCCAGGACGUGGGGAAAUUUGUCAAGGACCCCAAUACCAGGUGGGAUUACUGCGUACGAGCCAAGAGAGGGUGGACUGACACAUCACAGCCAGGCUGUUUCAAUAAGGAUCAGGUGUACUUGGAUGGCAUCCUCCGAAUCCUGAGAUACAGGGAGUCCAUUGAUUUCCAUCUUCUAACAGCCCUUGGAAAGAUCUCGUAUGAGGAUGUGGAUCGCCUGAAAGGAUUAGCUGUGAUUGAGAACAUGAGGGUACCACACUUUUUGCAAGACCAUGCCCGGUAUAUGGAACACUUGGAAAAGAUCAUGGAAGUCAAUGAGCUGACCGAUGAGGAGCUCCAGGAUCUCAUAAAUUAACAGUAUUAGCUCACCAUUCACUUAUUCUGUGAAGAUGUAGAACUGGACUUCCCAGAGCUUGUGAAAAUGGAAUUAUGAGAGGUGGAGUGGGAGGGAAGGGUGGCCAGAAUACAUGGAAUUCCAAAAAAGCCUCUUUCUGUUCCUUUUGCAUUGUGAUUGUAUACUGAUUAUUUUUUAAGGGGUUUGUGCAUUUUUAAAAAUUUGGCUUAGGAAUUCCUUUGCAGUGAUCUGUCCAACCAUGUACUGUGUUUUGUAUGCCAGGUAUAGCGCAUGGCACUGUCUUUUGUAAUAUACUGCCUUUUCUCACCCAGGUUUAGAGGUGGAGGAAAGGAAAAAUAGGAGAAAUUCCCCUUUCACUUGUGUUUGCCCUGUCUUUGGUCAUAGCUUUCAGGUUUCAUGGCAAUAGAACUGCUGUAGAUUAUGCUACAUUGCUGUCUGUGUAACUCUUUCCCAUUUGGUCUUCAUUGCAGUGAAAAAAGAAAGUUUAAAAACACGGUGCACAGAAGCAGGUCUUUGUGCCAUAGGAUCGAAGCUCUGUAAUGUUAUAAAAAGUUUGGGUAUUUUUACUGGGAGACUUAGCAUUUAAAAAAAAAAAACAAAAAGAAAAUAAGCAUUGCUGUUUUAAUGGAUGUAAGCAAGUAGCAAAGUUAUCCCCCUUUAUCCCCUCAAAAAUUUACACUGUUCCACAGCUUUAUCUGUAUAGGACAUGUUUUGGGAAGCUGAGUUCUGGAAAGGGUCUCCCUCCUUUGAGGACCAGCAUAGCAUAUCUAGGAAGUUCAACAUGGCAGUGUUUUGGAAGAAGGAUUGGGCAGAACUGUGAUUUCAUGACUUACGUAUUUUAAAUACAUUCAGGAACACAGGGACAUGAUUCAGUACAGCAGGCAAUACCCAAUCUUCUCUGGGUCACCUGAGCCUACAGAGGGUCAAGUCAAUUUUUGGAGCAGUACCUCCAUGCUGCAGCAAGCUUGAGCUUGCAGAGCUCACAGAAGAAACAAGAUGUGAAUGGGGGGCGCGGGGAAAGAAGACUCACAAGUGCCCUAUUCCUGUGUUCCAGCAGAAGUGCUACACCACUCUGAAGCAACCUUACCUCUGUUUUAACUGCUGGUGCUAUGUCCCGAACCAAGAAGAGAAAUGACCUUACUGUAAGGCACAGCUCACCACAUGAUAAAUACCUUAGAUGGCUCAAGGAAGACUUAACUACAUAAGCUACAUAUUCUGAUUCCAGAGUAUUAUGGAAUUAUCAAGGCAAAUUUUGUACCUAUAAGUAUUCUGACAUUUUCUGGGGUUUUGUUUUAGUAGAUGGCAUUUUAUCAGGGCUCCUCUGAACUCCUGGGAAGCAGCUAUGGUAGGAGAGGCUGGGCAGGAACUAGGGACAUCUUUGGACAGGGCUUCUGCCAUUUCUUCCUCUUCUGCCUUGGCCCACUGGUAACAAGCCUGGCAUUGGAUAAGGCGGAUAGAGGGAGCCAAGGUUUCCUCUGCACCACAUUUGCAUGGACCCGAGCCCUGGUAUGCCUCCCUCCCUGCUUAUCGUGUUCUUGAAUGAAAUGGAUGGAAAAACCCUCCCACCUUAUUUUACACCCAGGGCAUUACCAGCCAUGACAGCAAAAUCAUGAGAACACAUUUUCUGAUGCACAGGAAAAUCUGUGAGGGAAAGCUCUCAGUUGGCUACGAGGUCUGAAGGGUUUUGAAUAAUCCCAUAAAAGCAGCUGCCUUUUUUGCAGGUGCAUUUGCAGCAGCUGGCUGGCUCACUGCUUCGAAAAAGAAAAUGCACUCAACAAGCAUAAAUUUACUAAAUUUGGUUAUUUUCAAAGCAGGGACCAAGAACUGCUUGCAGCAGCCUUAAUUUUGUAUUGUCAGUAUUGUUCACGAGCUGAAAGCCUUUCAGCCUCUGUAUGCUGAAAUAAAAGCCCUCUUUCUCUCCUUGUCCCCUUCAGGCUGUCUAGUUUGAUCACUGGUGAAUUUGCCUGCCCAGCUUUGGUUUUUUGCUGUGCUGAGGAGACACGGUGUUGCAGCAGCCUGACAGGAACUAUUUGCAUCACCGCACCCACAUGCUCCAGGCUUUGGCUCCUUUGCCAGAAGCAGCAAGAAAGACACACAUGACUGAGGCUGAGUCAAACAUCACAGUCAAAAGCUCUCUUUGGAGUAAAUCGGGCAGAGAUUGUUCGAGCUAUAUUGUGAAAGAAUCUGGCUCAUUUUGCCGGCUCAGGGGCAUGAGAAAGGGCCAGUCCUGUAUGAAAGGGACAAUUCUGAACUGAUUUUCUUCUUAUAGGAGCGAUCCUUGACUUCCUCCAGUGACUUCUACAUAAUCAAAGUGCUCUUCCUCCUCCCCCAGCAGUAAUGUUUUAUAAUCUAAGUGUGUGUACAUAAUGUGUUCUUGAAACCAGGAGGCUAUGCUAGUCACCCUGCCUUUGCCGCAAAAUACCAUGCCUACAGCCCUUCGUCCAACAGCCAGCUGACUCUGUUACCACUCUGUAGCCCUAAACACUACUACAGGCCUUUUUGCUUUACACAAAGACCCUCAUCACAUUUUUGUCAAAGUAGUAGGUGCCAUCAAACUUUUGUUCUUUGUUAUGCCAGAAAUAGAUUUGCAAGGUUGGAGUCUGGAAGUGGUCAGUAUCAAAGUAACACUGUAGCAAUGGAUGAAGCUGUCAACUUCUGUUUUCAGCAUCAGAUUUGUCCUUCCUCCUUUGUAAAAGUGUUUCAAAUUUUGAAGUGUAGCUUUUGUAAAUAUUCCUGAUUUUUUUAUUUUUUUUUUCCCACUGUGAAGAGUCUGGUUACUAAGUCGUGAUACUGAAGUUCUGUUAUAAAGCAUACGACAGCAGUCCACGUGAGCUCAUGUCACUUUACAGUUUCACGAUGUCAGUGAUGUGAUGACAGCCUUUCCCAGCAGUCUGUCUCAUUUGCUUUGCUGUGUAUCCACAUCUUGCUACUUCUACGUUAUUCCUAUACAGAAACCUGGUCAACAUUGGAGAAGCUUCCCAGUCUCACCAGACCAAUCUUGAAAGGCAUUUUAUACAACUUUUACAAAUAAAGAUAAAUGAAAGAAUGACAGAGACGAGAGUACUGAAGUGUUAUAUCAUACCGUGUGAGAGCAUUACUCUCUUUCAGUGGCAUUAGCUCUGCAGCUAGUUGGACAUCCCAAGCUGUGCGUGGAAAAGAUGGCUUUCUGAUCACAGUUUUGAAAAAGUUGGGGUUGGAGUCAUGAAAGGUUCUGCUGAAGCCUUACAUUGGGUACAGCUCCCUCUGCUCUGUCAGAAGGCCUGGCUGCUCACAGGGAAAUUACACACUCUCCCUUUUUCCAAGAUAUGCUCUGAGGCAUCAUCAGAGCCACUUUGCUGUGAUGCGUUUCUCAGCACCAUCCAUGCAGGAAAUGGUAACUCCAAAUGCUCUGCUUUAACACUUGGAUCUGCCCCCCCCCCCGUUUCAUUUCAGGGCUUUGUGUCCCCUCUCACAUUAUGAAACAUGCUUGCUUAUCUUCAGGGAGUCCUGUCAGCUCCUUAUGGAUAAACUCCCUCACGUAUAAGUAAGGAUAACAUUUAAGGGUUGUGGGUUCUUUUUAACAGAAAUACUUUAAAAGUCACUAGCUGAUGUGCCUUGCGAGAUAGCUAAAUAUUAUUGCAUUACAUUUGCCCUCCCUUGUUAGCCAGUUUGGAAAACGCAGCCUGAAAUCUCCUGCCACCACAGGCUCCCAAAUCACCACUGCUGUCUCUCACCCAGUGCAUCCCAGAGACCCCCUUCUACAGUGUCAACAGCAUGAAACAACGCUCGAGCCUUGUAUUCCAGUACUGAAUAAAUUUCCCAUUUGUUACAGGCGAUCUGCAGGAGUACUGAACUCUGAAAUCCUUUUUCCAGCACUCAGGUGCCAGCCUUGUGAAGCUGGAUGCCCUGCAAGCAGAUUGAGGAGCAAUUCCAGCACCGAGGGUCUCAGUGAUGCUCCUGCCUGCCUGGUGAGGAGGGAAAGCUGGAAAUCCUGUAUGCUGGAAACCAGAUGGAAGUCUGACAACACACGAGUCAGGGUGGAAGUUGAAAGAGGCACUGUCUAAGCCAAGAGAAAAGCAAAAGGAAACAGCUAAAACAAUAGGGGUUUUUUUUAAGGAAGUGUUCAUUUAAAAGUGUUCUAAAUUUCAUAAUAUAUUAGCACCAAAUUAAGAAGUUGAAUUCUUUUCAGUAUGCAGUUUAAAAUGAGAUUGUGUAUCUUUAAUAUACACAGGGGAGAACAUAGUUUGGCUUUGCUGAACAAUUACAGUUUUCACAACUGUAAGUCUAUAUUAAAUUAAAUCCAGAAAAUUUGGAUAUUUCAUUUUAAACACAUUCAUUUACUUUGAUUCAAUAAUAAAAAGAUGCUACCAGAAUUACCUCUCAAGGCACAGCCGUACCCUUCCCAUUAAAGUUGUCUAAAUAAAUUUCUUAUGGUGCUGCUGAAAUAUUUUGUAUCUUCCUCAAUCGCAUAGUGCCUCUGAGACACAGCUCCAUUUCCUAA